AUGGCUGGCCGAGGACUUCCAAUGAUGCAACCCCAAAUUAUCUUGCUCAAAGAGGGAACAGAUUCUUCGCAAGGGCGCGGUCAACUUUUAUCCAAUAUCAAUGCAUGUUUGGCAGUAGUAGAUACUGUUCGAACAACUUUGGGGCCAAGAGGAAUGGAUAAAUUGAUUGUUGAUGAAAAGGGAGAAGUUACUAUUUCAAAUGAUGGGGCUACGAUUAUGAAACUUCUUGACAUUGUACACCCUGCUGCAAAAACGCUUGUUGACAUUGCUAGAUCACAAGAUGCUGAAGUUGGUGACGGAACUACAAGUGUAGUCUUGCUCGCAGGUGAAUUGUUAAAGGAAGUUAAGGGAUAUAUCGAAGAGGGUGUCAGUCCUCAUGUUAUUAUUAAGGGUUAUAGGAAGGCUGCUCAGUUGGCGAUUAAUAAAAUUAAAGAAAUUGCCAUCAAGAUUGAGCGUACUGAUGAUUCUCAAUUUCGAGAUCUUCUUUCGAAAUGUGCUAGAACUGCCAUGUCUUCAAAGCUCAUUCGCUCGCAUGAAGAUUUCUUUACAAAAAUGGUCGUUGAUGCUGUAUUGAAGCUGGACCAAGAAUUAAAUGAAAAAUUGAUUGGUAUAAAGAGAGUUCCAGGCGGUGCCAUGGAAGAUUCACUUCUCGUUAAUGGAGUCGCUUUCAAAAAAACGUUUUCAUAUGCUGGAUUUGAACAACAGCCAAAAUCCUUCAAAAAUCCUAAAAUUUUGUCACUGAAUGUUGAAUUAGAAUUAAAAGCUGAAAAGGACAAUGCUGAAGUCAGGGUCGAAGAUGUCGCUGAAUAUCAAGCGAUUGUUGAUGCUGAAUGGUCCAUCAUAUUUUCCAAACUCGAUGCUAUUGUUAAUACUGGAGCUAAAGUAGUACUUUCAAAACUACCGAUUGGUGAUUUGGCAACUCAAUAUUUUGCCGACAGAGAUAUCUUUUGCGCAGGCCGAGUACCUGCUGAAGAUCUUAAUCGUGUCGUAAGUGCAGUUGGUGGUUCAAUUCAAACCACCGUUUCUGAUAUCGCAGAAAAACAUUUAGGCACGUGUGAAUAUUUCGAAGAGAAACAAAUUGGUGGUGAAAGAUUUAAUCUCUUUCAAGGUUGUCCGGCAGCAAAAACCUGUACACUUAUUCUAAGAGGUGGCGCGGAACAAUUUAUUGCAGAGGUUGAAAGAAGUUUGCAUGAUGCAAUCAUGAUAGUAAAAAGAUGCAUCAAGAAUAAUUUGAUAGUUGCGGGUGGUGGUGCAACGGAGAUGGAAAUAUCCAAAUAUCUCCGAGAGCAUUCUCGAACCAUUGAAGGCAAACAACAAUUGAUUAUCAGCGCUUUUGCACGUGCAUUGGAAGUUAUUCCUCGUCAAUUAUGUGAUAAUGCAGGUUUUGACGCCACCGAUAUCUUGAAUAAUUUAAGAAUGAAACAUGCCCAAGGAGCUGUUUGGUAUGGUGUGGAUAUCAAUAAUGAAUCCAUUACUGAUAAUUAUGAAGCAUUUGUCUGGGAGCCUGCACUUGUAAAAACCAAUGCAAUUGCUGCAGCAGCAGAGGCAGCAUGUUUACUUUUAAGUGUGGAUGAAACUGUAAGAAAUCCGGCAUCAGAGAAACCUCAGUCUGGUCCUCCAAUGCCAAGAGGUGGAGCACAACGAGCAUUUAGAGGUCGUGGCCGUGGAAUUCCUCGUAGAUAA